ACAUGUAACGAGAAGUCCAAACUUGGGCUGACUUUAACUAGCUCCGUAGACAACCGUGUGCGCUAGGCAACAUGCCGAGGCAACACCAAAUACUGGAUACAUUGUUCUUACUUGGUCUUCAAUUUUUAGUCCCGACGCACGCUCAAAUUGAGCCCGCCAUCGUAGCUAACAAGCCAUGCCCAGCCGGAUGCACCAGCCAUGGCAACUGCAACGGCGAAACGGGCCUGUGUGAAUGCCGGUUCGGAUUUGGCGGUCCCGACUGCAGCACGCGUCUCCUGCCCGCCUGCCACAGCGCACCCGACCUCGCCACCUCCAUACCCGGCUACGGACACCUGUUCCCCAAGAACUGCUACUGUCUCAGGCAGCUGGUCAACUCUGCUUGCCCCCGGUCCACCUUCCAAGACCCCUCCCAGUGCCCGUACUUCCAGUUCUGGGACUGGAAGGAAACCCGCUGCUACGUGCUCAAGACGUUAGCAGCUCAGGAGGAGGACCCCUUCCAGUUCGUUGACUUCCCCCCGCCGGAGCCGUACGUACUGCAAAAUGGGGAUGUGCUGGUGGGCCUGGAGAGGUGCCCCGGAAGAUGUUCAGGUCGCGGGUGGUGUGUCAAGAAGGGGGUUGAGGACACGUACACGUGCCGGUGCCACGGGUUUUAUGAGGGUGAAGCGUGCGAAACCCCGCUCAACCAGCACUGCUACCGCAACUGCUCGGGCCGGGGCACCUGCAGUGGGGGGUUUUGCCACUGCCAACCGCCGUACUGGGGCCUGGGCUGCACCAGGAGUAAGGCCUACGUGGCGGAGACCUGGCUGCCCCACCCAACCAAGCUAAAGAUCUACGUGUACGACCUUCCGGAACGGGUGUCGUACAGGAAACCCUGGCAUGAUGAGCCGGCCCUCCUAGACACCAUGUACCUCGCCGAGCUACUGUUCAUGGAGCAGCUGCUGGGGGACUGGUCCGUGCGUACGGAAAACCCCUGGGAGGCAAAUUUGUUCGUACUGCCAACGUACACUAUUUACUACACAGGGAAUAUCGGCUUUCCCGCCAAGCACUUCGCCAACGUCUUCAACUACGUACGAAGCAACUAUCCGUUUUGGAAUCUGACCGGCGGUCGCAACCACGUGGCGUUUGCCACCAACGAUAGGGGCUGCUGCGACCUGUACAAACUGGCCAGAUCAAAUCCGGAGCUCCAACACCCCAUAAAGGUGGUUCAUUUCAGCCAGACUUCCGACCCGGCGCUGGAGGCGGCGUUUCGGGAAUUUAAGCGGUUGGCUGUCCACCAGACUUCGGGGGGAGCGGAGGGGGAGGCGAUGGAGGAGGACGGCGGGGGGACGGUGAUGCAGGAACUGCCAGAGGCGCUCGUACGGUUUCGGGGCUUCCCGCCGUACACAUUGGAAGCCCUUCGAAUGGAGCGGGAGCCGUGUUUCAGACCCGAACAGGAUGUGGCCGUUCCCAACUACCUGGAGAGGGGAUGGAUAGGACGUCUGCAGGAGGCGUAUGCGUACGACAGGGAAGGCAACGCUGUACACCGUGACAAACAACGGCCGUACCUAUUUUACUUCAAUGGAUACUCCAAACCUGACAUGGCGUACAGCGGCGGUGUACGGCAGGGCCUCCUGAGCAUGUACCACAACUUGACACGGGGGGACGUGGCCAUCAACCCAGGCUGCUGUACGGCAGAAUAUAUGCUCCAAUCGCGGUUCUGCUUGUGUCCCCUGGGAUAUGGUUGGGGCAUCCGGUUGACACAAGCCAUGCAAUCGGGCUGUGUGCCCGUCAUUGUGCAGGAUCACACAUACUCGGCGUUCUGGGACCUGCUGCCGUACGAGAAGUUUUCCGUACGUAUCAACCGUCACAACCUGCACCGCCUGUUUGACUUGCUUGACGCCGUCACUCCUGAGCAACUGAAGGAUCUCCAAAAGGGCCUUGCGGACUAUCACAGUGAGAAACGUGUAGACACGUCAGAGGCCGUCAAAAGCCAGGCGCUUCCUUUGGAAGUGGCUUGGUUGCUGAUGGUUGCCAUGGUCCCAAUGCGGAACCAUGCCUUGGCAGUAGAGCUGUCACAAAGAGGAUGUGGCAUCGUAGGAAACAAGGCCUGCAACAUCAGGGCUUCGCUUCUGGCUCCGAUUGGGCCCCUAAAUCCGAGCCACCAAGAUUUCCUGUACGUCACUUACUUUUACGGCAACAGCGAUUUUACUUAA